CAUAAAACCAAGUUUUGAAUGAAUAGUGUAAAAUUUAUUAAAUAUUGUCAUGUAAUUUCUUAUUUACUUGUGUAAACAGCGUAAUUAGAACAGUUUGUGUGACUAAACGAGGUUAUUUACUCAUAGAUACUGUUGGAUAAAUCAUCUCUCCUUAGUGCAUGUGUCCUUGGUGUACUCAAAUUGAAGAUGAGUAAAAAACUGGAAAAUGAGAUUCGGUGCUACGCCAACAUUUCUGCAGAAGCUUAUAAUACAGAGAAAGUAGUCACCGAUACAGCCACAGAUCAGUUGGAGGUGGAAGCUACAGUAUUAAAAAUAUUUAGACAAUUUGAAAAGGAAGCAUCAAUCGAUCCUGAUCUGCCAAUACUCAAUAAACGAGUUCACAGUAAGCAAUUGAAAACCUGGUUAAAAGCUCUACCAAAAGGCUAUGAGUGCUUGGAUGCCAGCAGGCCAUGGCUCGUCUACUGGAUUCUACACGCUUUGUGGAUCUUAGAUGACAUGCCCGAUAAAGAGACAUUAUCCAGUGCUGUAGAUUUUCUUGCUCAUUGCCAACAUGAAGAAGGGGGCUAUGGAGGUGGCCCUGGACAACACCCACAUUUAGGAACUACUUACGCUGCUGUAAAUGCGUUAGCUAUAAUAGGAACAGAUGAAGCAUAUGAUUCAAUAGAUCGCAGUUCUUUACAAAAGUUUUUAUGGACUCUUCGGGAUGUAGAUGGUUCCUUUGCUCUUCACAAAGGAGGGGAACAAGACAUCAGAGGAGCUUACUGUGCAGUAAGCGUCGCUAAGAUGACUAAUACUUACACAGAUCUCUUAUUUGACAAGACAGCAGAGUGGAUAGUUAGUUGCCAGACUUAUGAAGGAGGUUUCGGCGGAUGUCCAGGCAUGGAGGCGCAUGGUGGAUACGCUUUCUGUGGGAUCGCAUCGUUGGCGUUGCUAAACCGUCCAAAGCUGUGUGACAUAGAUGCACUAUUGAGGUGGUGUGUAAACCGUCAGAUGCGGCUAGAGGGUGGCUUUCAGGGACGGACUAACAAACUUGUUGAUGGCUGUUAUUCAUUUUGGCAAGGUGCUGCGUUCCCCAUAAUCAGUGCUAUAUUAGCGCAAGAGGACAAAGAACUGAUAGAAACGUGUUUAUUCAAUCAAGGUGCCUUACAAGAGUACAUCAUUGUAUGCUGUCAAGCCAAAGACGGAGGCUUAAUAGACAAGCCUGGCAAAGCGCGCGACAUCUACCACACCUGCUACACGCUGUCCGGGCUCUCGCUGGCGCAGCACGGCACGGGCGCCGGCGACCCGUUCGUGGUGGUCCCGCGCAACGAGCUGCAGCGCGUGCACCCGCUGCACAACGUGGCGCCGCAUCUCGUCUACAACGCCGUGCACUACUUCAUUCGCCACCCGCCGCCUGUCAGGGACUUCAGGAAAAAUAACUAGAUAUACAUCUUCAAUUGUUUAGCACUGAUAGCUCAUCAUUGUUUUAAGUGACGCUAGUGAACUUACCUACUAUUAAGACCUUUUCCAGGUACAAUACAGGGUUGAGCCCCUACCAGGGGCGGCUCACUCCGCGAUUCUAUCGCCGCGCUACAAGUACAUGCCUUCGGAAUUAUUAAUUAAUUUAGAAUUCAAUGUCGGGUGUUCGCGUGCGGUCCGUUUGUUAAUGUAGGUAAGAAUUUAGAAUGGCGACAUUUUGUGAACAUCAAAGGAGUGAGCCUUCUGUACUUGUACUGUUAUAUAUUCUGUGCCCGUAAAUUACUUAAUUCGCGACCCGCCGCCCGUUAGACUUCAAGAAAAAUAAAUUAGCGAUAAUAGCUCAUUGGUUUAGUGGUUAGAUACAAGUGACAAGUGACACUAGUGAAAUUACUAUUUAAGAGCUAGUCCACAACGCCUUCACUUCUUCAUCCGCCAGUCCGCCACCCGCCGCCCGUCAGGAACUUUAGGAGAAACAAGAUGCAUCUUCAUUUGGCGCUGCACGCUGAAUCGCUGAUGGCGUUAUGGCUCACUGUUUUAAGCGAUUUCGUAUAUGUUCUUUAUUACAAAUGAUAUAAAAUAAUAGGACGCUAGUAUUCUAACUAUUUAAAAGAAUUAACUUGGUAACGGUUCCGUUUCGGUAAUUGCAUAUAUCUAUAUCACAAUGAUUGCUCAAAAUUAGUCUAGGUACCAUUGUACAAAUAAUUGGUCCUUCGAACCGGAUUAAACUACCGUCACUUGUACUGGACUAUUUAUUAUCAAUAUCAUUGCAAAACUAUUGAGAAAAUGUGGUCCUUCGAACCGGAUUUAGAAGAAAAUAUCAGCUAGUACUUUCUGGAAAUCUGAAAACCGUGUAAUAUCUUAACAUUUCUCUAAUCCUAAUUUAAUCAAACUUGAAAAGAUAGUAGUUUAAUUACAUAUACCAGUAGAACCAGUGUCUACAAUUUAUUAACAACACCAAAAACAAAUGUGACGUUAUCUGGGUAAAGGGACCUUAUUGUCGAUGGCGCUUACGGCGUUGAUCGAAGAUGAGCGAUGAUCGUAUACAAUUACGACGCCGCGGGACGUAAGCGCUACCGACAAUAAGCUCCCUUUACCCAGAUUUAACGGCACAAACAUUCGAACUUAUAAAUGGUUACAGCAUGAAUCCGGUAGUUCCGACUGUAAUGCGUUCGUAAUUGCAUUCUGCAAUUUAAAGUCUCUAAUAGAAAGUGAAAAAAUUAACAGUCGAAUAUUUUUCCCUCCUAUUUAACUAAGUACAAAUUUGUUCUUCACAUAGCCUUGCGUGAUUCUAUUUAUCUAUAGAUAUAUAUGUAAAUAUAAUUAUAUAUAGCGAUAAAUUACACAAUCAAGUUGAUAGCUACAUAAGUAGUUUCGAGAUUAUACCCAUAAGUAUAUGGUAGGUAUAGGUAAUCAAGGUAUCCACAACCUAACGUAUAAGUGCGUUUUAAUUCACAUUAUCCGAUCCGAUAUCGGAUGUCGGAUGGAUAUCCCAUACAUUACAGGCGCUAUUUUGCAUUUUUCCAUUGAAAUCCUUCCGACAUCUUCCUUCCUGCCCGAGUCUGUGUUUCCGCAU